AUGCGCAUCUUCGGGGAACAACCUCCUCAGCUCAUGCGCCUCCCUCUGCCUCGUCCUCGCGCCGCCCCAUGCGUACCUCCACUCACCGCUCCACCAGAGUGUGUGAGGAUCCUCUGGCUGGAUCAGGCGGCGGCGACAUCCCCUCCCCCACCCCCCGUGCUGGAUCCAGCCGGAUCCAGCCCCACCGCACCUCCCAGUUGACUGGAUCGAGUACAAAUGGCCCGACUGCGCCCGAUCCGGACUGCCUGCAUCCCACAUCGGUGUCAACCUUCUCUCACCCCCGCGCUCCUCCGGCCGCAGCUAUCUCCUCCACCUCUCCCUCACUCCUCCGCUCGUGACAACGACCAGGCCAUAAAUCCCAGUGAGUCCGCUGUCACCUCUUCUCCAGCGCACGCGGCAUCGGCGAGAGGCCACCGAGAAGAACCUCUACUGCCCCCCACCUGUCGUUGCCUGCUACCAGCACGGGCAGCUGCUGCCAUCCACAGCGCCCUGCCCCGCGAGCCCUGCCUCACAGCGGCUCCUCAGGCAGCCGUAUCGAUGGACGGUGCUUGCGCAGUUCUCCAACUCUGGCCCGCUCGGCUGCGAGCCACACGCAGUUUGCUGCUCAUCUCCAUGUGGUCGAUGCACAAGCUGCCCCAUCACGGCUCGCUGGUAGUGCUAUCAUCAGCAAGUCCGCUAGAAAUACAGGGUGUACCGUUCUGUAGUUCGGCUAGGGGUAGCACGGGGUUCAGUUUGUUUGAGUUUUCAGAUUUGCAGUGCAAUCCAAGCUAUUCAUUAUUCUGUCAGAUAAACGACUCUGCGUGGGCUGCAAUUGUUGAAAAACAGAAAUACGUGGAUGAAGCUCAUUGUGUGUGUGUUUUCUCUGAAGAGAAAUAGAGUGAAAGAUGCAGUCUGCUAUUCUUUUGCUCUCGGGGUUCAUUUUAAUUUUCUCUUCGUGGGGAAGAUGAAGUGAUGCAGCUCGGUUGGAUGCCCAGUUACUCAAUUUUGUUGUUGCUGAGAUCUGCACUUCAUUGUGAAAACUAAAGUUCAUUACCGGGAUGGUGUGGUUCGCCUUCGCGGAGGCUGCUGUUUUUCUAAGUGCAAAGUGUAGCCCAUAGAAUUUUUUGUAGUUCGACUGGUGGAGAGUACAAAUUCUGUAUGUGUGUGUGUUUGUAAAACAAUCCGAUAGAUGUGAAGCUCACUUUGUUCUCUCA